AGUGUCAAUCAAUCUCUCAGUCACGAGAGAGGAAGUGACUGUAAAUACGCAGUAGUGGCUUUUGACGUUUUUAUUUACAAUCUUUUUGUAAAUAUAGGUUUAGACACGGGAUGAAUCGUCAAAAAAUAACCUCUGCCGCAUUGGUCGGUAUUAAAGAAACUUCCAGAUAGCUGCAUAUGGAGCCACGUUUCGAUACAAUCUUGAGUGAGCUUUUUGUGAACUGAAAACCAAGACACGAAAAUCACCAGACGAGGGUUUUUCGUGUAUUCUGCUUUCUGCUCAUGUAGUGGUCAUAUAAUGCUUAGUCAUAAUUUAAACAUGUUUUGACGAGGUCUGUUAAUUGGGUUUCGGCUCGUGGGAGCAACGUAUUUCAAGAUACAGUAACUGUAUGAUAGCAGCCAAGCCGAUAUGUUGAACCAGUCAGACAAAUCGGACUGUGCCGUAAAACGCGUUCUAGAAGUUCUGCUUGUGUCAGACAAGGAGCUCUGUAAAAAUGUUCAGGACACGAUAAAGGCUAAGGCUGAGAAGAGCUGCUCAUGGCUUUGCUGUUUAAGUGCCAACGGAAGUCUGCAGAUAACGACAAUUGCGAACAGCAGCAGAACGUAUGAGAGAACAGUUGAAGAAGAGGAGUGCGUCGACUUUGUGUGGGAGGAUCCAGCUGUGCCAUGUGUGGAUGGAGGCAGGCCGAGGCUCCUGGCUCUGGACUCCAGCAAAGGCCUGAGACUUUACAAACUGGAGGCAGCGGAGGCUGAGGAAGUGGACACGGUCACCUGUGUCGGCACCUGUACCGCAGAAAACCUGCUGCAGCUGGUGAUAGGCGAAGAUCUGAGUGUGUCCCAGUGCAUGUCUUUGAUUCUACUGUGGUUUGGGAAUGGGAGGAGCUUUGUGCUUCUGAAUAGCUGCAUUCUGGUGCAGCUUGUCUGGGAUGAUAGAGGUGCAUCUCCACAGGUCCUGGGCUGCCACAUCUUGGGCCUCCCUCAACAAGCUCUGGACAACAUCACUGACUGCCAGAUCUGCAGGGGCACCCUCUUUCUUUUAGCCAACACUGGCCAUAUAUAUAUCUUCGACAUGAAUGAAGGCAGACAUCUGGCUAGUGUGGAUUUGCCCCUGUACAAUUUAGCUAUAUCCGGAGAAAAUGACUCUGUGCCCCGUCUGUCUUCUUUCAGCCUGUUUCAGGUGUCGCAGGACUUGGCCACUGUUGUGGCUGUUACAUGCUUUAACUCUGCAAUAUGUGUUGAUUUGAACAACUAUUUCAGGAGGUAUCCUGAGCACAUGCUGUGCUGCCAGUCCCCCGUUUGCCCACCACUCAGGCCUGCGGGGGCAUUGGACCAGGACUGCCUGUCCAGUGCAGCCUACAGCCAAACACUGCUGGGAGGCUCCUUUCACGUAGACCGUUCCUGGGAAGCUCGUUUGUCUUUACUGUACAACAAAGCAAGGGCGUCUACACAUCAAUACGAAGCUGGAACUCCUUGGUACCAUGCGCUUCCUCAGGUAGAGGGCAAACGAACAGCAGAAGUUCCAUGUGCAGCUUCUCCCUUGGUUUGGGGAGCUAGGCUGCGUAACACAGAGCACAGCCAGGCAGAGUCAAGCCCAGCAGUAAAGGAGGGCGUGAUGAAAUUUCAGUUGCAUGGGGAGAGCCUGGCUCCAGCCUCUCUGGCAGUUUCUGAGUUUUCUGCAGUUCUGACCUUUGUCCUCCCUCGAAGCGAAGAAGCCCUCACUGUGUUUUGGGAUCUUCAGAACCAGGAAGUGAUCUAUCGCCAUUCUAGCAGACUCUGCAUGCCUGUACAACACUGUGGAGAGGAGCAGCUCUGCCUGUUUCUGAAAGCUGUUGGCCUGUCCCUGCUGCUGUUUGGAGUGACUCAGGAGGAGCUGCUGAACAGGCUGAUGGUGUAUGGCAGUGCGGGUACUGUGGACUCACUCUGCCACCUCAAUGGCUGGAGUCGCUGUUCCAUUCCCAUCCAUGCCCUGAAGGCUGGCCUGAAGAAUCACCAACUGGAUACAGUCGACUUUUUCCUCAAAAGCAAAGAAAAUAUUCUUUGUCCACCUGCGAGUUAUACUUUACCAGAACAAUCUGUGAUCAUUCCAACUCAUUCCCAGUUGAAAAAUGUGGAGGAUCUUUGUCCAGCACUUGAUCUCCUGUGCUCUGCCAUCAAAGAGACCCACUCAGAAGCCCAGAGCAAGCAGUUCUCAGAGCAGCUGCUCAACAUCACCAUGACAUUCCUUAACAAGCAAGUCAGGGAAAUUCUCUGUAGUACAGAUGAGCUGGAUGAUUGUCUUCAGAAGUGUGUGGAUAUUCUGAACAAGUACAUAUCUGAGCUGCGCAUCUUCAUGAAGAAAUUUCCUUGGACUACUGCUGUGGGGACUUCAACCCUCAGCUCUGACCACACAGAAGGGAGUGGUAUUGGUCUCUGGCAGAACUGGCACAGACUGUCCACAGAAGAUGUCGUUCAAAGUGCUAUCUUGAACAAUGAUAUCCCUCAGGCCCAAGCCUUUUUCAGAUCUGUGCAGAAUCCAGCGGAGAGGCUGGAGGACCUGCUGAACAUGGGGCUACUCUGUGCUUUGCGCUGCCUGUCCGGGAAAGACCUGUGCCAGGCUACAGCGCUCCUGAGGAACAUGGGUUUCAAUGUGAAGGAACAGUUGCACACCAUAUGCCUCUAUACAGAUGACAAGGACUUGAGGGACUUUGUGGUGGAAGAAUUACAGAAGCAACACUAUUUACCAGAUAAGGAACAGAGAAUGGUGAAAUUUAUUAAACAGGUCGAAAGCUUGUGUUCAUUGCCAGCUACCAGAUGCAAAAAGAGCCAGUCAAGGAGAAGGAAGAAAACCAACAUUGAAAAUAGUCAUUUAUUUUCCCCCUACCUAGCUUUAGAUUCCUGUGACUCUGCUGUGCUGUGGAGGUACCUUACCUCUCUCCAUGACUGGCCAAGGAUCUCCCAGUGGAUUCAGAGCCUCCACUUCGUGAAUGGAAAGCCUUCCCAGCCCACGCAGUGGCCAGUCCUCACAGCAGACACUGUCGAUCGCUCCACUCUGUGCAGCAGCUACAUGAAGAACGAAAUACUGGACCUGCUGGCAAGGGGAGGGGUGUUCAUUCAGUCUGAGUUAUCAGACUUUGAGCAGGUGCUCUGGAGGCUCAGCCAGGCAGGGGGUGUCAUGCAACAGAGCCCCCCAGUGCCACAAUACCAAUCUCUGGGUGGCCCAGACUUCCACACCCGAUUUGUGCUCUACUGCCUGGAGAACGACCUCAAAUACCUGCUCUAUGUCUAUCUGGAGCAUUAUGACUUAAAUCCAAGAAACUGUGCUGUCCUGGCUGACAAGAGCUUAUAUGAAAUUCAUCCAUGGUUCGAAAUGCUUGUGAAGAUGCAAGAAAUUCCUAGAAACCCAACAGAUCCUAGUGUCAUUUUCCAGUCCAGCCUGACCAACGCUCAGAUCCUGUUUCCCAGCAGUCAGGCCAGUGUAAGCAGCAUGUUAUUGGAGGGCCACAGCCUGCUGGCACUCUCCACCAUCAUGUUUGCACCUGGGGGGUUUGACCAGGUUGUCAGUCAGACAGGGGAGGGAGACGAUUCCCUGUGGAAAGUGGACCUCCAGCUGCUGAAAAUGGCCCUGAGCCCUUAUCCUAAGCUCAAGUCUGCGCUGUUUCCUCAGACCAGUUCCCGGGGGGCCCCCCCUUCUGACAUCUCCAUCUACCACCUCUUACAGUCUUUGCACCCUUUAGAUCCUUCAAGGCUGUUUGGAUGGCAGUCGGCCAACACGCUGGCCACUGUUGACGCAUCAGCUGAGCUGCCUCACUUCUCCAGCCCCCACAUUGUUAACAAGUAUGCUGUGAUUGAAAGCUUGGAUUUCCUGUACUACCUGCGUCACGGUCGCCCGUCAUUUGCCUUUGGGACUUUUCUUGUACAGCAGUCGUCAAAUACCACUUUUUUCAGGGAACAGAUCAUUCUUGCAAUUGACCAGGCCUAUAUUCUGGGACUGCUGCACUUUGAUGUCCCAUCUGUCACAGCUGCUUGUGUUGGAUUUUGUGAAUUAUUGGGUGUCAGUAGCCUGAAGCUUCGGGUUGAUUUCAAAAUCUUAAACCUGAUCUUGAAGCAUUGGACUGGGAGCUCAGAAGAAAGCAAAAAUGCGUCGCUGAGAGAGUUGUUGGCUGUGUCGUGUCUUCCCUGCAGAUCCUCUUAUGAAGCAGGUCAGGAGUGGUCCCUGGUGGUGCAGUUUUCUCAGCUGCACAAGCUCCCUCUUACCUCUGUGUACCUGCAGGCCUGCGCCACAGACAACCAGUGGCUGCAUUUCCUCAUCUUCUCUCAACUGCACAGCUACCCUCCAGAGCAGGUGCGGGCUUUGACAGCACAGUUCAGCCCAGAACUGCAGGCUCACCUCUCCCUGGCCUUUGAGAAUCUGCAGCUGGUAUCCCAGAGGGAGGACAACAGAGACCAGACCCCCACCGAACAGGCCAUUCUAAAAAGUGAGGCACAGCCUCCCAGGGAGCUCUUCCAGGUGCUGUUACAGAGCCAGGACAAGCCCAGUGCAUGGCGAUACCUACUGUCUGAAGCAAUGCACCAGCACUGUCCUGUUCUCACUGUCAUUGCAGCCUGCAUUGAGGAUGUCAGUUUACUCCAGUGCCUCUGCGUUUGGGUUUUAACCUCUGUGGAUGAUGACAUCAUUGCAGAAGCCACAGGUCACAUAAACGAGUGUCUAAAGCAGCAUGAGUGGAACCUCCAUGACCUGUCAAUCAUAUGGAAGACUCUCUUGAAAAGACAAAAUGCAAAACCCCUUUUAAGAGGCUUUCAGUUGUUUCAGAAGGACUGUCCUCUGAUCUACAUGUUGCAGAUGUAUGAAUUCUGCUGGGAGUACAAGAAUUAUGAUGAAGCAAAGAACAGACUGCUUGACUUCCAGAAAUGUCUGAUGAAUCUGAAGACCAGCACUGCCACGACUUCUCCUGUCAUCCCAGUGCAGUGGGCUGAAUCGCAGGCCUCCUCUCUCCUUCACAUCAUGAUUCUGCAGUGUGCCACACAGUAUGAGCUGAGGAAGUUACUGCAGCUGCUGGCGGACAUGGAGAGAUUUCUCAGGUCAAAUGGCCCAGACUUUAAGAAGCUUAGCCUCCUCAGUCAAAUCCUACAGGACACCCCUGUGUCCAUCAGCCACUCACUCCUGGAAGCGUAUUCUGGGGAAACUCUGCAGAGGGAGUGUUUGCAGAUCAUGGAGGAGCUGCAGCGAGAAGGUCUUUUCUCCUCAGCAAGACAGGUGGCUCAGUUAGCUGACCUGCCUACAGGCAGACUGGCAAUUUGUGAAGUAUUACAGGACCUACAGAAUUUGAAAACCAAGAGACAGUGGGAGAGGAAAGAAAUGAGAAUCGCUUUCUGGAAGAAGUGCCAUGACCGAUUCAAGAGCAAUGCCAUUAGCAACAAGGAGGUCUCCGAGUUCUUUCUGUCCCAGGCUGAAGCCACUGUGCCUCUGCAGGAAGGUGCAGCUGAGGCUGAAUUGCAUUGUAUCCAGGAGACGUGCCUCCUGCUGACCAUGGCAGGACACUGGCUCUGCAGGGAAGAUCCCUCACCUGUCCCUCAGUUGGAAGAGAUGGAGAAGAGGAUUUGGAUAUGCCGGAUCCGCCAGCAAGCUGUGUUGACUGCUAUGGAGAAGGAAAGCAUGUUUUUUCUUCCAGUUUUGAAUGCAAGUGAUAAUCCAUUUGAAGACCUAAUCAAGGAAUUCUCCUUUUCCAAACUGGCAGCCCUAAACAGACCUGAGUAUUUACAGCUAGACGGUCUCCCCUCUGAUAAAAGCUGCAGGACUAGUUUAGAGAGCACUGAGCUAGAAGCUCUGAGUGCUCUAGUUGGCCAGCUGCUGGAUGAGGGUAAUAUUAAUGAAGCCAGUCGCAUCUGCCGCUACUUUAAUUUCUACCACAGAGACGUGGUGCUGGUUCUGCACUGUAGGAGUCUGGCAUCGGGCGAAGUGAGCGCAUCUGAUCUGCAGCCUGGGGUUCAGACCAUUCUUACAGCUGGGAUAUCCGUGGGUUCAGAAGGCCCCUCAAAGAGACCAUCCUUUCCCAGCACUGGCAGUCUGGGGGGCCAGUCCUCCUUUGUGGGGGACCCACCACCAGAAGACCAAGUUGUGAUCGAUCUGAAAGUACUGGCUGAUGAGUGUUACCACGGGAAGAACUACUGCAAACAGGUCCUCAGCCUGUAUGAGCUCUCCAAGGAGCUGAAGUGUCCCUACAGUGAGAUCUCUGCUGAGGAGUCAGAAGUUGUACUGUGUAAGGUGCUGUUGUCACAGCAGCCAGAUCGCUACAAGAAAGCCAAGGCCUUCAUCACUGUCCAGAGGAUGCAGGCCGAGACUGUAGCAGAGCUCGUGUCCAGGGAAGUGGUACAGGGCUUACUAGCAGAUACACAGGAGAGUGAACCAGUUGGAAAGCAGAUUUACAAUCCCAGUGAUGGCAAGGAGGCAUUCCUGCAGCUAGCAAAGCUCUGUGGGGACCCGAAUAUUGUGGGAACCAAGCUGCUGGAUAAAAUCUCCUCCGUUCCCCCUGGGGAGCUUGGCUGCAUUGUUGAGCUCCUGAUCCUGGCUCAUGACUGCUUCAGCCUCACCUGCCACAUGGAGGGCAUCGUGAGGGUGCUCCAGGCUGCCCGGCACCUCAGCCACACACACCUGGCCCACAGCGAGAGAUACAGCCUUCUGGUUCGCCUGCUCACUGGUGUUGGCAGAUACAACGACAUGACUUAUGUCUUCGACCUGCUUAACCAGAACCAUCGUUUUGAAAUGCUCCUCAGGAAAAAAGUGCAGUCGAAUUCCACACUAAAGACGGCUUUGUUGGACUACAUCAAGCGCUGUCACCCUGGCGACAGUGAAAAGCACAACAUGGUGGCGCUGUGUUUCAGCAUGUGUCGGGAGAUCGGGGAGAACCACGAGGGUGCUGCCCGCACCCAGCUCAAGCUGAUCGAGUCCCAGCCCUGGGCAGUGACGCCAGAGCUGAAGAAUUCUUUGAAGAAAGUGUUAACACUUUUAAAGGAUGCUGCAGAAAGUUUCUCUAAGGACUCCUGUGUGCGUCAAGGCAUGCGUUGUGUGAAGCUGGCCAAGCUCGUUGCCCUGCAGCUUCAUUUCCUUAAUCACGGUCAGGAGCACCGAGUCAUCAACUUGCCCAAGACGGACCUGCUGGAUGCCAUCAUUUCCCUGCCACGCUUCUACCAGUCUUUUGUUGUAGCAGAAGCAUAUGAUUUCAUUCCUGACUGGGCUGAAGUCCUCUAUCAGAAAGUCAUUGUCAAAGGGGAUUUUGCCUACCUAGAGGAAUUCAAGCAACAGAGACUUCUGCAAGCCAGCCUGUUUGAAGAAAUAUCCAAAAAAUUCAAGCACAGCAAACCACCUGCCAACGCGAAUCAGAAUUUAAAGAAGUUGCUGAAGUACUGCGAAGACGUGUAUAUGUGUUACAAGCUUGCGUAUGAACAUGGGUUUUUUGAUAUUGCUAACAUGCUUUUGCAAGAUACAAAAACUAGCUGUUAUCUUAAUGACCGACUUGCAAGCUGAAUAAAAAGAGAAUAUGAGGUAACAUCCAUUCACUGGAAAAAAGUCAUCUCAUCAAAUGUAUAUAAGGAAUCCAAAAGUUAAAUCUUUAAGAAUAAAUGCAUCUAAACAACA